ACUACUUUUAUGAAUGGAAACUUGUAAAUAAUUCAAUACAAAUAAAGUACGAAGGUAAACACAUAAAUAGUAUAAACCAUUACAGAACGCAAAGUGAAAAAUGUUACAUUUCCGUAACAUAAACUAAAUAUACAAUAUUAAGUAUUCAAGUUUACAUUUUAAAAUGGCAGAAAAUAAGACACCGAGUCCGCAGAAUGAAGAGAAAAUCGAAUUUAAAAAGCCUGUCUUGUUCGGACGUGUCGGGAAAUUGCCUAAAAAAGUUAAAAAUGAAUCUGAAAAAGUAAUUGAAGAGCCAAAAGAUGAAACACCGGCCGAAAGUAUCAUUGAAAGCACUUCAAAAGAAUCCAUACCGCCGCCGGCCCACAAGAAAGAAGGUUUGAUUCCGAUACCUUAUAAAGAGCCUAAAUGGUCAGGAUUAUGCCCUGAUGGAUCGGACUACGCACUCGAAGUUAUAAAGUCUGGCAUCAUUACAGAUAAAGUAGAUUUGACUGGGAAACCUUAUCAUGUGUUUGGGAGAUUCACUAACUGCGAUAUAAUAAUGGCACAUCCUACGGUCUCUAGGCAUCAUGCGGUUUUACAAUAUAAAGCGUUCGCGGAAGAAGGGGAGCCAGUGUGCGGUUGGUACUUAUAUGAUUUGGGCAGCACUCACGGCACAUUUUUGAACAAGGAACGUCUUAAAGCCAAUCAUUACACUAGAGUGAGAGUCGGACAUCAGAUCAAAUUUGGAAGCAGCACUAGGAACUAUAUUGUGAUGGGCCCCGACUUUGACUGUGAAGGCGAGUCUGAACUGUCAGUGACGGAAAUAAAACAGAAGGCGUUGGAAAUGAAGGCAGAGCGGGACAGGAUGAUCAAGGAGGCGAUAGAACAGAGAGAGAAGGAACGAUUGGAAGAGGAGAAGAGGAAAGAAGAACUUGGUAUCGAUUGGGGCAUGGGCGAAGACGCUGAUGAAGAACCAGACCUCGUCGAAAAUCCGUAUGCUGCUACAGCAAACGAGGAGCUGUACCUCGAUGAUCCAAAGAAGACGCUACGAGGCUACUUCGAGCGCGAGGGUCAUGAACUGAACUAUGACUGCGAGGAGAGAGGAAUCGGGCAGUAUAUAUGCCGAGUGGAACUCCCAAUGGAUGAUCCCCACGGUAGACCGGUGAUGGCCGAAGUGAUCCACCGAGGGAAGAAGAAGGAGGCUGUAGUGGCGUGUGCGCUGGAGGCCUGCAAGAUCCUCGAUAGGGCUGGACUGCUGCGUCAGGCGAAACAUGAGUCGCGUCGGCGCAAGCAGCGCGACUGGAGCGCGGACGACUACUACGACUCUGACGAAGACACGUUCCUGGACCGCACCGGGCACGUGGAGACGAAGCGCCGCAUCCGGAUGGAGAGGCUCGGAGCCGCCGAACUCAAGAAUGAGAAGCCGCUCACCUAUGAUGACUUGCUCAGCAAGGUCGAGGAGCUGGAGCGCAAGCUGGCGGCCGAGGAGAAGUCGCUGGCGCGGCUGAGGGCCGAGCUGAAGGCGGGGCUGCAGCCCAGCGGUGACGCGGACGCACUCGACCACUACAUGAGCACCCUCAAGCACGGCACCAUGGCGCAGAAGGCGGAAAUAUCACAGACGAAGAUGAACAUACAGAAGCUACGUAAGGACCUGUCGAAGACGCAACGACUGGCGGAGCUGGCGCGCCCCGCACACCUCCCGCCCCUUGUCGCGAAACAGGAAACAAAGAUGGCCGUCAAAAUCGGGAGUAACAGCGUUGUCUACGGGAAGAGGAUACGUCUAAAAGAAGACACCCGGAUACGACCCAAGGUUUCCGUACCAUCGAAGCAGGACGACGGAGAAUUCGUUGAGGAGGUGGAAUCGGAUGACGAGGAUAAGAAUGAAAGUACAGAUGAUAACAAAAAAAUUAAUACCGAAAAUUCUACUAAAUUCGAAAGUGCUUCGAAAGCUGGUAUCAUUGAAGCUGAAUCUAGCGUGGAGGGCGCUCGUGUUAAUGACAAAGACGACGAUGGUGAUGUCAGUAAGAGAGAGGGAGACGAGAGACCCAGAACGUUCGGUCCGAUGAGGCCUCCCGAUGGAUACGUGAUACCAGACGAUUAUUACAGUAAUCGAGAUUGUAAUGAAAUCAUGGAGGAAUAAUUAAGAAUAAAUUAUUAAAAA